UUCACAAGGUUAAUUGCUGGAUUUUAUAACGUCGAGACAAAACAUCCUUUCCAAAAACAUCCAUUCCUAAGCAUGAUUUAUACCUGUUCAGUUAUUUUUUUUUAUCUUAUCUCAUUGACCAGUCGAAUAGCUUUAUGUAUCAUAUUAUCAACAGCUGAUGUCACUUGUACCCAUAUUGGGCCUAGGUUUUCACCGUUUUGGCCGCACGCUGACGAAGCUAACCUAGAUUAGUAGCCGCUGUUCGGGUAGUGAGCUAGCGUUCCUCCUUCAACGAGACCUCUCGGAGGGAUCGAAGGCCAAAUUCGUGAAAACGUCGGAAAACGAGCUAACGACGAAACCGCUGAACUGUCGAAUUUUUCCAUAGCGACCCACAUAAAAUUCAUCGUCAAUGACGUUUAUUCCUUUACUUCACCUUUAGCUGGCUUCCUUUUUGCUGUAUAAAAGUAAUUUAUCAGUCGGCGGAGAACAAAGAAAUCAGAAAGCGAUAGAAAAUGAGCUCGCCAUUUUCUGCUGCUUUUUGGCGAAAUAGCCUUAGUAGUUAUCAAAAUCUAGAUGACGCUCCGCCUAAAAGAGUGUGGCGUCUUGGCAGUAUCGACGAAGAAACAGACGAGCACGUCUUGUUAGAGAGGGACAGCGAGAGCUUCCGCAAUUUCGCGUCUCCCAAAGAAAUCGUCAGCCAUAGCUGGAGAAAUCGCCUGGCGGAAAGGCUCCCUUUGUGGAAUCUUCGACAACCCUCAUCCUCUCGUCGUCUUCCUUGUUGCAAGUCUGGUCUGGGUCUUAUACUCACCACAGCAUCUGGCGUCCUGUUUGCGAUAGCAUCGCUUUUUGUGAAGCUUUCCAACACGUCGAUCCCAGCGUUUGAAAUCGUCUUCUUCCGCCUUGUGAUCCAAACCGUUCUUGUUGUUCCUGGUGCCAUCUGGGCGCGGGCAGACUUGUUGGGCGAGAGGGAACACAGACCAUUCCUCGUAUGCUUCGGCGCAGUGAAUUUUGCUUCUGUCUCUUGCAUUUACGGAUCGUUCACCAAGCUACCGUUAGGAGACGCAACUGUUUGUAUAUCGACAACCCCAAUUUUCACCGCUCUGGUUGCCUACGUUUUCCUAAAAGAAUCUUGGCAUAUUUUUGACGCAAUAGCGACCUUUGUAUGUCUGGGUGGAGUGGUCCUUCUAACGAAACCAACAUUUCUCUUCGGCUCUUCAGCAAAUCUAUCAAGCCACGUGACCGAGUCGUCCCGUCUGAUUGGUUAUGCUGUGGCACUGUCCGGAGCUGUCGUCCAAUCAUUGACGUUCGUUAUGGUCCGUAAAGUUGGUGGUUCUGUGAGCUUCUACACCAAUGUCUUCUACUUUGGCUGGUGCAGUGCACUCCUAUCUGGUUUGACCAUGUUUGUUUUUCAAAACCCUGUUAUUCCGGAUUGCGGGACGACAAGGUGGUUCCUUAUUGGAGUAGCUCUCUGUGGAGUAUUCGGAAGUUUCUGCUUGAACCGGGGUCUUCAGUUGGAGAAAGCAGCCCCGGCAGCGCUGAUGAGGAAUGUAGACAUCCUGUUGGCCUUUUUAUUUGACUACGCUAUCUUUGGACAUAAGCCAAACCUCCUUACUUUGCUUGGGGGUCUGCUUGUGGUGUUGUCAACCGGCGGAGUGGCCCUGGGCAAGUGGUGGAGGUCACGUGAUAAUUUAUGAUUAUGUACUUCUGAGUGAUCAAGGCUUUAUCUCGGUUUUUUUAAAGCUUUUUUUCUGAAACUUUUUAAGUAUUUCUCCCAAAUUAACUUAUUAUGGCUCCCCUCUUGUUGACGGUAACCACAGAUAGGGGCCUGAAAAGAAUCGAAAAAUCUCGACGGUAGAAAGGAAAGAUUUUAAAGCUUUUCAAUCCUCUAUCUUUUUUUAAUUUUGAAAUAACAUGACAAACACACAAUCUGUUUGAAAGUUUUGAAAGAUUUUGUUUACAGAGUGAGGACACGCGAGUAAAAAAAAUAUAUUCAAAUAAGCAAACGAAAAUAGCAACGCAUAUUUUGUAACACUUUUUUAUUAAUUUUUUAAAUUUUUUUUUAUCUUUUUACCGUUCACCUUUUAACUUCUUUGCUCAUGAGUAAAAUCCAUGUAAUUUUAAUACUAAUAAACUGAAUACUAUUUUCA